AUGCAAGUCUCGUCGCCGUUCCCUGACAUUGAAAUUCCAGAAUGCAAUAUCCUCUCCUACCUCUUCCCUACCAUUGACCCGAAACAGGCUCAAGAGGACCAAUCUCGGCCUCUGUGGAUCAAUGCUUCCAACCCUUCCAUCAGGCUCUCCGUGGCCGAUACCCUGUUGUUCAUCCGCCGGUUUGCCGUUGGCCUGGAACGACUCCAGAUCCCCCGUCAGCGAGCCGUCAUGGUCCUGUCUCCGAAUCAUGUUUACCUGCCUGUGGUUUACCUCGCCGCGGCAGGGGCAGGUUGCUUCUUCAGCGGCGCUAGUCCAGCUUACACGGUGGAGGAAGUGUCACGGCAGCUGAGAAUGAGUGACGCGGCACUCAUGCUGGUCCAUCCAAGUCUGCUUGACUGUGGUGUCAAAGCAGCAGAGGCAGCCGGACUGCCGCUCGAUCGGGUGUUUCAGUUCUCGGAUGUGGACUGCAACAUAUCAAAGCACGGAGUCCGGGACUGGAAGAGCAUGCUCGGCAGUGAGGAGGAAAGUAGAGAUUGGCAGUGGGAUCCGUUGCGAGGCGAGAGGAGCAGGAAGACCGUGAGUUGUGUGAACUUCUCCUCCGGGACGACCGGGACGCCCAAGGGGGUUCGCAUAUCGCACGCAAACGUUGUGGCAAAUGCUUGUCAGGUCAUAUACGCCAAAGCACACAAUGCGGACCAAUCCCUCGUCACUCUUCACCCUGAACGUUGGCUCGCGUUCUUACCCCUGAACCACGCAUACGCUCAGCUCUUCUCCAUCGUCAUCGUAUGCAAGCUCCGCACGCCCGUGUUCUUGAUGACUCAAUUCCGCUUCAACGACUACUUGAGGCACAUUCAGACGCACAAGAUCACGACUCUGCAGGUGGUUCCACCCGUAAUCUCGAUGUUGCACAAGAGACCCGAGGUCACUCAAUACGAUCUCGGUUCAGUCAGAUAUCUGAUGAGCGCGGCUGCGCCUCUGAGCAGUGAGCUGCAGAAUGCGGUCACCAAACAGUUGAAGGGGGCCGUCAUUGCGCAGAGCUGGGGCAUGACCGAGACCACCUGUACCGGACUGAUGAUUCCGGGAACCACACCCGAUGAUACCGGAAGCGUGGGCUCGCUGCUCCCAAACACACAGGCAAUGUUAGUGAACGAGCAAGGAAGAGAGGUCGGUGGAGCUACAGGGGGUGAACUCUGGAUUCGAGGGCCUCAAAUAACCGCCGGUUACUGGAGGAAUGCGGAGGCCACGUCACAAACGCUCACCGAAGACGGGUGGCUCAAAACAGGCGAUAUCGCAAAGUAUUCCGGCGGGAAGUGGUGGAUUGUGGAUCGCAGCAAAGAGUUGAUCAAGGUCAAUGGAUUUCAGGUCGCCCCCGCUGAGCUGGAGGCGGUGCUGUUGGAGCACGAUGAUAUCACGGAUGCUGCCGUGGUGGGAAUUGUGCUACACGGAGAGGAAUAUCCCAGGGCGUAUGUGACUCUGCAUCAGCACGCUUCGAGGAAGGUAGACCUGACAUCGGCGAUUCAAGAGUUCGUAUCACGGAAGGUGGCGAAGCACAAGGCAUUGACGGGAGGGGUGAGCAUCGUCGACGCCAUCCCCAGGCUGCAAAGUGGUAAGAUCCAGAGGAACGUCGUCAAACAAUGGAGCAAACGGGAUGCCACAGAAUUGGAGAAGACGGUCAAGGCAAGGCUGUAG